AUGCCUCACGCUUCCAGGUCUCUCAACAUUGUCAUCGUUGGAGCCGGCCUUGGCGGCCUCGCUGCAGGACUCGCCCUGCAGACCGACGGCCACAAAGUCACUAUUCUCGAUUCGGCUCCCGAAUUCGGCGAGGUCGGGGCGGGCAUUAGGGUCCCACCCAACUCGUCGCGUCUUCUUGCACGCUGGGGCGUAGACUUGGAGGGCAUGAAAAAGUCCAUCUCCAAGCGCUACCAUUUCAUCCGAUGGCAGGACGGCAACACCAUCGUCAAGCUUCCAUUUGAUAAGAUUGUCGAGACCCACGGUGCGCCGUACUAUCUCGUCCACCGAGCCGACCUCCACAAAGCGCUCCUAGACGCCGCCGAGAGGGCAGCGGUCAAAGUUCUUACCAAUAAGCGAAUAACCUCGUUUGACUUCGAUGCCCCGAGCGCCACCACGGACGAUGGCGAGGUCUUCAAAGCCGACCUCGUCGUUGCAGCGGAUGGCAUCAAGUCCAUCUGCCGUCCGCUCCUGACGGGCAAGCCUGAUGUCCCCAGAGACACGGGCGACGUCGCUUAUAGAAUCUUGAUUCCCGGCGAAAAGCUCCUAGCGGACCCCGAGCUAGCCGACCUCAUCACUGAGCCGUGCACGACGUCUUGGUGCGGUCCCGACGCCCACCUCGUCGGAUACCCCAUCCGGAAUGGCGAGAUGUACAACAUCGUCGUGUGCGCGACCUCGUACAACGAGACCACGGACGAGGUAUGGGUCGUGAAAGGCGACAACUCCGAACUGUGCAAGCGCUUCUCCAAGUGGGAACCCCGCGUCCAGAAGCUGUGUGCCCUGACGGGCGAUUUCCUCAAAUGGCGGCUGUGCGACCUGCCCGAUCUCACUCGCUGGGUCCACCCCGCCGGCAAAGUCGUCCUGCUCGGCGAUUCCUGCCACCCCAUGCUUCCCUACCUGGCCCAGGGCGCAGCUCAGGCGUUCGAGGAUGCUGCCACCCUCCGCCAGGUGUUAGCCCAGGGCGAAGAUCUCUCGGCGGCCCUCAAGAAGUACGAGCAGAUCAGGAUGCCUCGAGCUAGCCUCGUGCAGGCCAAGACCAGAGAGCACCAGUACAUCCUGCAUAUCGAUGACGGGGAGGAGCAGGCAAUCCGCGACGAGAAGAUGAAGCUCAACGCCGCGGAGAAUCCCGUCUUCUGGGGCUACGACGAUCGCCGGCAGUGGCUGUUUAGUCACGACGCCGAGAACCUCGCGAAGGAGGGCGCAAACUGGAAGGAUGGACUGAACGGAAGCGCGAUCCGCUCACACUAA